CCAGGUUUUAGGGUUUAGGGCGCCAUGAGAGGGCGAAGCCCGAGGCGAUUGGCGCUAUGGCGCAGUCUUGGAUUUCUCGUCGUGCUCCUGCCGCUACUGCGCCCCGAUCUACUGCUCCGGCACUCGUCUCCAUCGUGGAUGUCGCUCUUCUCGGAAUGGGAGGCUCCCUCGGCCCAGCAUUCUGUGCUCAUGGCCUCUUUGGCGGAAUCAAACAUGAAUAGUUCAAGGUCUGGCGAGUCGGCGCUUUUGUGGCAUCCGCCGGACAAUGACGGUUGGGCCCCUUGCCUUCGACAGAGUGUGGGAAGCAUUUCUUCUUCGAAUUUCUAUCUACAAGUUUUUCUGGAGGGCGGCUUGAACCAACAAAGAAUGGGUGUGUGUGAUGCGGUUGCUGUAGCGAAGAUUUUGAACGCCACGCUUGUCGUACCCCACCUCGACGUGAAUCCCGUCUGGCAGGAUAGCAGCUCUUUUGCAGACAUAUAUGAUGUGGAUUACUUUAUCGAUUAUCUGGCCGCUGAUGUUAAGAUUGUGAAGGGCCUACCGAGUGAAUUUUAUUGGAGCACACGGGAGUAUUACGCCACGGGCUUUCGAGCAACGAGAGUCAAGGAUGCGCCAGUCCAUGCUCGGCCCAGCUGGUACGUGGCAAAUGUUUUGCCCAUCUUGCAGAGUUAUGGAGUUGCAGCUAUAGCACCCUUUUCUCAUCGCCUGGCUUUUGAUGAGGUUCCUCCGGAGAUACAGAAGCUUCGCUGCAAAGUGAAUUUUCAUGCUUUGCGGUUCGUGAAAGCAAUCACUUCCGUUGGUGAUGUGAUUGUGAGCCGUCUUCGACAAGCGCAAAAUGAUAGUCCGCCAUCCAAGUUCGUUGCCCUCCAUUUACGAUUUGACAAGGACAUGGCAGCGCACUCGGCAUGUGAUUUUGGUGGCGGAAGAGUAGAGCAGUUAGCUUUGGCCUACUACCGGCACAAGGUCUGGCAAGGGAGAGUUCCAAAUUCUCGACUUACAGUACAGCAGUUGCGGCUUCUUGGGAAAUGCCCGCUGACUCCUGAAGAAGCGGGCCUUACUUUGGCUGCACUUGGAUUUGGCCCACACACUCGUGUCUAUCUAGCAUCGCACCAGAUUUAUGGUGGCGAGGCAAGGUUGUCCUUCUUGAAGAACAUAUUUCCGCUGAUGCAAGACAAGGCCAGCCUCGCUAUAGACGCUGAGUUAAGACCUUUCGAGCGGAAGGCUUCGCUCUCGGCUGCUCUCGACUACUAUGUAUGCUUGAAGAGUGAUUUUUUCCUGUCUGCUUCGCCGGGCAACAUGCACAACGCGGUGUUGUUUCAGAUAGGACACAGGACCUAUCAAAACGUGCAAAAGACUUUGAGACCUGAUAUGGUGCUCCUCUCGCGUUUGUUCUCGAACUCUAGCAUGGAGUGGCCGGAGUUCCAAAACCGAGUCUACAAUGGACACCGCAACAGACUUGGACAGGUCCGGCUGCGGCAGCCAAAGCAAUCAAUCUACACUUAUCCGGCUCCAGAUUGCAUGUGUAAGAGCAACAUCAGGCACAGAAUCAGAUAACGAUGAGGUUGAGCGUGUCUAUCUCUCGUUUGAACUUUGACCAUCGUCAGCCGUGAGGAUCCUUCCUUCCAGAGGAUAUCGUCCACGGGUUUUUUUCAAUUUGUCUAUAAAUGAAGGGGGGAGGUAUCGUCGUGUUUCUAAUGUGUCAUGCUCGCAGUGAUGACACUCAAAGUCGCCGGUGGCUCUGCUCGAGAAGACUUGUUCAUAGCGGUGAAAGAGUUUCCAAGUUAGGACACGCCACAGGCGGCGUAGCAUCAACGAGGAGGAGAAAAAAAAGCAGAAGAGGGGACUGUAACGCUCUUGAUGGCGUUCUCGUGACAUCGACACAGAUUUGCAGAAUUUACCUGUGUCAGGCGGGGACAAGUGCUAGCGACAGAGAGAUGAAGGAAGGAGACAAUGUAGACGUGAGCAACGAGACAAUGGAGCAAGGCUGUGGUGAUUUUAUGAGAUUGAUCGAUCCGGGGAAGAGCGAGCAUUAUUAUAAGGGAAGGAAACAGCGACGCCAUCGCUCUUCCGUGAGAUUCCCUUCUUGUGCUCCUUCUCGAGCGCUUUGUUGUUGGUUUGCUCGUGGCUCCACACUGGCGAAGUUUUGCAUGGAGACGAAGAGUGGGAGUGGACGGCCCGGAUGAGUGGGCGCCAGUGGAAACCAGUGGCUAGAUUCUUCCCGGGGUGGCAAACGACAAGGGAAAGGAACCAAGGGAGAAAACACUGGAAUAUACCCAGGCUUUUUAAAGUGAAAUGUGGCUCAAGGGAGCACGCUUUCUAUCUUGGAGAUGGUUUGGUUGGAGUUUUUUGGAAAAUGAUCA